GAAGGAGUCGCGAGUUGUCCUUCUCUGUGGGCGAAGGCGUCCCGGUUUCUUCUCAGCUCUCUGGGAAAGCUCUGAGCAGCAUUUCGACGGAGCUUGUAUCAACUGGUUAUAAAUUCAAAACUAAAGGAAAGAAUAAUGGAACCACAACUUAUGAGAUGAAGUGGAUAAGAAGAAUGAAAAUAUGACCAAGAGUUUCUACACAUCUUGCUCCAAGACAGAAACAUGAAAAAACUGCAAGACACCCAGGAGCAGAUGAUACCAUGAAGAGAAGUUUACAGGCCCUUUAUUGCCAAGUGCUUAGUGUUCUAUUGAUCUUGGCACUAACAGAAGAAUUAGUAUUGGCUGUUCAGGUACUGACUCCAAAACUUGUGUCAUCUCAGGGUCUCCUGAUGGACAAUAUUAAUAUCUCAGCUAUGGGGACAACUCCAGGACUCAGAGGCCAUCACCCAACCAAAUCUUUGCCCACAGCAACUCUUGCAAAUGCUGACUCCAGUAGUUCAGCAGAGACUUCUGUUCCUUCUGUUGGCAAGAAGGAACUAAGCAGCAGCCAUUUGGUUGGCAACACAGAACUUUAUCAUUUAUACAACCAGAGUGCUUUGAGAAAGACAUUCACCAAAGGAAAAAUGUUUCUGAGUGUCCAAGGCAAUUUCACAGCAUUUACAGAGCCUUAUCUCAAGACAGAAGUAUAUUCUUCUGGUACCACAGAAAAUUGGCCCCCAGAACAUCCAUUUCAGACCCAGCCUACAGUUCACACCAGUCGUCAAAAUACUUUACAGGGAGCCACAACAGACUCAGUUGCCUCUUUCCACACCUUGGAAGGCCUUAAUGAAACAGAGAAGGGGAGGUCAUCAGAACUGAUUACACAGGAGAUUGAUCUCACCACCCCAACAAUUGGUCCAUCAACUGUUCCUGAAAUGGUGACAGUGCCUUUUAAACCCACACAAUAUGGCAUAUGGGAUAUACUGGAGAAAAAUAACUCAUGGAUAAACUCAAGCCAGAGUACAAACCAGGUACCCUUUUUUGCCAGUCCUGGGACAACAAAUGCAGAAGUAGACUUUGGACGCCCUAGUCAAAGUGAUGUUGAUGCCAAUCUUUCCUCCUCAUAUACAACAAGGAGCUCUGUUGAGGAACCAGCCACCACACUGCAUCCCUCUGGAUAUAAUACCAGCUUGCCAAGCAGUACACUGUCUACAGAAUCCUCUACAUGGCUUCCAAGUUCCACCUCAACAGCAACAGAGAAUUUCCUAAACAGACUGGUACCUGCUGGUACCAGAAAGCCUGAUGUCCCAGGAAAUAUCUCUCAUGUCACGGAAGGGGACAAGCCCCAAUACAGGGCAACCAUUUGUCUCAGCAAAGUGGAUAUAGCAUGGAUCGUCUUGGCCAUCAGUGUACCCAUAUCCUCAUGCUCUGUGCUAUUAACCGUCUGCUGCAUGCGACGAAAAAAGAAGACAUCAAAUCCAGAAAACAACCUGAGUUACUGGAACAAUGCAAUCACCAUGGACUACUUCAACAGGCAUGCAGUAGAAUUGCCAAGAGAAAUACAAUCCCUUGAAACAUCUGAGGACCGCCUUUCUGAGCCCUGCUCCCCAGCCAAUGGUGAUUACAGGGACACCGGCAUGGUUCUUGUUAACCCUUUCUGUCAAGAAACACUCUUUGUAGGACAUGAACAAGUGUCUGAAAUAUGAACCUUGCUCCAGUUCAUGAAGUUUCAUCUUUAUGGUCUCCAAAUUAUAAAUAUGAAUAUUAUGUAUGUAUAUUAUAUUAUACAUAUUAUAAUAUGUAUAUUAUAAAUAUAAUCUUUGUGUAACCCUGAAUUAUAAGAAACAUUUUCAGCCCCCCUCCUCUUUUUUAUAAGUGUGAUUAAAAAAUUUACAGACCAAACUUCAGCUUUAUAAAAUAAAAGCUAUUUCUAAACAAAAAAAAAAAACACCCAAAAGAUUCAGAUUCUUUUUUUCACUCUACAUCCCAGUUUCUGGG